AUGGGACAUUUCGAGUACCAGGUGAUGCCGUUUGGACUGACCAACGCUCCUGCUGUGUUCCAAAGUAUGGUGAAUGACGUUCUGAGAGAUAUGAUUGGUAUUUUUGUGUUCGUUUACCUGGAUGAUAUCCUCAUCUUCUCGAAGGAGCUUUCUAGCCAAGUUCAGCAUGUCAAGCAGGUCCUGCAGCGGUUAUUGGAGAACCGUCUGUUCGUGAAGGCUGAGAAGUGCGAUUUUCACGCCCACACGCGUCCUUCCUCGGUGGACACGGAGGACAUUAGCCAUCCAAGUCCUCUUCUGCACGCUCAUCUUGGAGACAAUGUGAUUCUGCAAUGCUUCUAUCCGGACAGAAAUUCUUAUAUCUCAUGGUACAAGCUAGCAGUAGGACAGAAGCCUCAACUUGUAUCAACAAUUUACAAAUAUGAUGGUGGUGCACAAUUUCACACUGAGUUUAAAGAUAACCCUCGGUUCACAGUGCAAAGUGGAAAUGGAUUUUUUCAUCUACACAUCUCCAACACUCAGCCAUCUGACUCCGCCACAUAUGUCUGUGGGGGAAUUAAUGUUAAUGUGAUGGAAUUCAAAAAUGGGAUAAUUCUCAUUCUGAAAGGAUCAAGCAAAACUGUUGUACAGCAACCUGUGUCUGAGUCAGUCCAGCCAGGAGACUCUGUGACUCUGAACUGUACAAUACACACUGAGACCUGUGCAGGAGAACACAGUGUCUAUUGGUUCAGACAUGGCUUAGGAGAAUCACCUCCAGAAAUAAUUUACACCAAUGUAGACAGGAGUGACCAGUGUGAGAAGAGCCCUGAGGCUGGGUCUCAUACACAGAGCUGUGUCUACAACCUCCCCAAGAGGAACCUCAGCCUCUCUGAUGCUGGGACUUACUACUGUGCUGUGGCCUCAUGUGGAGAAAUACUAUUUGGGAAUGGGACCAAGCUGGACAUUGACCAUGGAUGUAAGGAGCACCAGGUUCUCUUGGUGUACUGUCUGGGUGUAGCGUUGGCUAUUUGUGUCAUCCUCAUCAUUAUCCUUGGUUGUGUUUUGUAUAAGAUGACCAAGAAAACCUCUCUGCUGUGCGGAGAAACGCACACUCAGUCAAGUGGUCCGGCAGUCCCCGGUUGUCAUACCCAGGAUCGAGAAGAUGAUGACACACUCACAUCGGUCCAUUACGCUGCUCUGAAUGUCAUCCACAAGAAGCCAAAGACCCAGAGACAGAGGAGCACCAUGGAGAGAGACACUGUGUACUCUGGGAUGGAUUUAACAGCUGUGGCACAAUCCUUAGCCAUCCGUCUCAUGUCAGCCAACGUUGGAGACACAGUGACUUUGCACUGCUUUCAUGAAGGCAAUUUGGCAAUGCACUUCUUGUGGUACAACCAACCCUUCGGAUAUAAUCCUCAGCUCAUGACAACCUUUUAUGAGUAUGAAAAGAAUGCUAUAUUUUACCGUGACUUUAAGGGUAACCCUCGUGUCUCAGUGGAGAGCGGCAAUGGAAUAAACCACCUAAAGAUCUCAGACGUACAGCUUUCUGAUUCAGCAGAAUAUUAUUGUGGAAGUUCCUACUCCAAUAUGGUGGAAUUUGCAGAAGGAUACAUUCUUAUUGUAAAAGGUUCAGGAUCCAGAAACACCACCGUUGUACAGCAGCCUGUGUCUGAGUCAGUCCAGCCUGGAGACUAUGUGACUCUGAACUGUACAAUACACACUGAGACCUGUGCAGGAGAACACAGUGUCUAUUGGUUCAGACAUGGCUCAGGAGAAUCCCAUCCAGGAAUCAUUUACACCCAUGGAGACAGGAGUGAUCAGUGUGAGAAGAGCCCUGAGGCUGGGUCUCCUACACAGAGCUGUGUCUACAACCUCCCCAAGAGGAACCUCAGCCUCUCUGAUGCUGGGACUUACUACUGUGCUGUGGCCUCAUGUGGGGAGAUUCUGUUUGGAAAUGGGACCAUACUGGACAUCAAGGACAAUGGCGCAGAACCUCUUCUGUUGGUGUAUUGCCUGAGCGCAUCAUUGGGUCUCUCAUUUAUCCUGAUUACUGUCCUUGGCUUCAUCAUGUACAAUAUGAACAAGAGAAAGUGUCUGCAGUGUAGAGGACCCGUCUCUCAGACAAGAGGAUCAGCAGUCUCUUCUUCAGAUGCAGGGGCCCAAGAUGCAGACAGUCUUCAUUAUGUAGCUCUGAAUCUGAGCAACAAGAAGAACAGGUCUAGAAGACAGAGAAGCAACAUGGAGGAAGAGACGGUGUACUCUGGGAUCAGACAGUAG